AUGAAAAUCCAUUAUAUUAAUAUAUUAUUGUUUGAGCUUCCAUUAAAUAUAUUGAUAUAUAAUCAAAGGAACCAUUACAUCACACGUACACCAAAAGCAACCACUAGGACAUUAUGCGAAUGUGAAUUGUAUGCACCAUCAAACUAUGAUAAUGACCCACAAAUGAAAGAAGUUAUGGAUAAUUUCAAUCGUCAAACACAACAGAGAUUUCAUGAAUAUGACGAACGUAUGGUCGAAAAACGAAUGCAAUGUAAAGAUAAAUGCGACGAAGCAAUCCAAAAAAUUAUUUUAAAAGACAAAUUAGAAAAACAAAUGGUAGAACAGUUUUCCACAUUACAAACUGAUAUACAUAGUGAUGCUAUUCCAACAUGUGUUUGCGAAAAAUCUUUAGCAGAUAAAACAGAAAAGUUUUGUCUUAAUUGUGGAAAAACUAUGGGAGGGGUUGCCCCCGGUUGGGGUCUGGUCAGCGGUUUAGGUUAUGUAGGAUGGACAAAUUAUAUUACUGAAAUAGCUAUACAAAAGGGUAUUGAGGAAGGUGUUAAAUAUGGGAUUCAAGGAUUAAAAAACUUUUUUGGUCUAGGUAAAUUAAUUACUAUUACUGAAAUAGAAAAUUUGAUUAAUCGUACUAAUUAUUUUAAAAAAAUGACAUAUGUUAUAUUUACUCAGAAAAUAAAAAAUACAAUGUGUGAAGAAUCUCUAAGUUCUAGAAUACAAUUUUGUAGUGCUGCAAAUUUUCAGAAACAACAGGCGUUUUCGGAAGGAGCAUCAACGAUUGCAGAAACUGCAGAAUAUAUGGCUGAAGUUGCUACAACAGAUGUAUUGGAAAAAGCAGCACCUGUUACUAGUGGUUUAAAUACUGCUAUUAUUGCUUCUGUUGUUGCAAUACUAGUUAUAGUCUUGGUUAUGUUGAUAAUAUAUUUGAUUUUACGUUAUCGAAGAAAAAAAAAAAUGAAGAAAAAACUCCAAUAUAUCAAAUUAUUAGAAGAAUAG